AUGCCAAAACCUGAACAACCAUGCAUUGAUGAAGUCAAUGUAGAUGCUGAAAUUUGCUCAGAUAGUGAUAAAGCAAGCUUUGAUAAAAGCAAUAAUCGAAACAAGGAGUUACCCCAAUCUGAUCUUGCCACUGCCCAUGAUGAAGCUGAAGUAUUGAACUACUAG